CACACACACACACACACUAGAGAGCUAAGAGAUUACAAAGGCACAGAGACCCAUAUGCCGACAAGCAAUGGAGACGAGUAAACUCAAUCUGAGGCGAAUGCGAGGUAACGAUCAAGGGAUUGUUGAAAAUGACUCCCCAGCAGAACCACAUGGCAGCAGCCCCGCUCGACCUGUUUCUGCUCUUGUUCGUCUCUACGUGUAUGCGCUGCAUGGCUGCCUCUGCGAGGUGGCCUUCACUGCUGUGUGGGACUGGUGCAGCACCCAGGACAGGAGGCUGGCAGGCCACAGCAGUCUGUGGGCGCUGCCCAUGUAUGCCACAGCAAUCUAUCUCAUGGAGAGGCUGAGGGCCCUGAUGCUCGCUCAGAAUCACCCACUGACUGUGCGGCUCGUGCUCUACACUGUUUUCAUCUACCUGUGGGAGUUCAGCUGGGGUGUGGGGCUUAGUUUGUUGGGAGCCUGUCCAUGGGACUACUCAGGCCAUAGGUACAACCUGAGAGGACUGAUAACUCUGGACUAUGCACUUCCCUGGGCUGUGGCUGCAUAUAUAGCAGAACAGCAUGUGAUCAGGCACACUUUAAGAAUAAGACUGCAUAACUGAACCGCUGUUGUGACGAUCUGGACUCAUGUGCUUCCAAAACACUUGAUUAAUUAAUUUCAUAUUAAUUAUAUUAAAAGUAACUAUUCUGUUGUUUUUAGCAGUAUAAUAAA